AUGUCCGAAAACAAACCGCUGGGGCUGUCCGGAACUACAAGCGAGAGCAAGAGUGAGAGCAAAAUUGAACCCUGUCUGCCCGCAAAACGUGCCCUGGAAGGCGAGCAGCCCAACGAGGCCUCGAAACGAGCCCUAACCGAACAGCCUGGAACCGCACGUGUGCUGCCCCAGUUUAGGGUUGCAAACGACCCGUUGAAAGACGGUGAAGGUGCCGCUGGCGCUGUCAACCCUGACAAUGCUAAUGAGGGUGGCAACGCCAAAGCAAAAGCAAAAGCCAAAAAACGUAGAGGCCAGAAUAAAGACCGUGACAAUAGACAACCCAAAGAACAAAACGCAUUGUGUCCCAACCUGGUCCUGGGCCAGACCACGUGCCCUCGCCGUGAGACUUGUCGUCAUGAACAUGAUGUUUCCAAAUACUUGUCGUUAAAGAAACCAGAAAUCAUCACGUCAUAUUUCCCCACUUGUCCCAACUUCUCCACCCUGGGGUACUGUCCCAUGGGCUUCCGUUGUAGGUUCCUAUCCACCCAUUCUGCAAACACCACAGAUUCCAGCACCAACAAUCCCAAUUCCGAUUUGCAUGCCGAUCCGCAGCCGCAAUUGUUGCCCAAUGCGGCAAUGUCUGCGGAAAACCCACUCUGGCUGGCAAACCACGAAAUCAACAAGAUCGACCCGCAAAAGAAACGUGAGCUGGCAAGAAAACAGAUCGCUUUCGUCAAGAGUGACUUCGUCGUCGAUAUCAUGGAGGCGCUACGGAACGCUCCGAUCCCCAAUGCAAAUCCCGUUUCAGGCCCCACCCAAUCACAACAAGAUCGUAGAAAGGAAUUGAUCAACAAAUAUAAAGAUACUCGGUUUUUCGCCCAGGAGAAAAAACCUUUGGAUUUACAUGGCAAAAAAAUCUUGGCUCCUUUAACCACCGUAGGUAAUCUACCUUAUCGUCGUUUGAUGAGGAAACUUGGUGCAGAUGUGACGUAUUCUGAAAUGGCCUUGGCGUUGCCGAUGAUUCAAGGCACUUCUGCCGAAUGGGCUUUACCCACUUCACACAUUUCUGAAUCUCAAGGCUAUGGGAUUCAACUAGCUUGUUCUAAACCUUGGCAAGCUGCAAAAGCUUGUGAAGCAAUUUCUACUUGUCUUGAUACCACUUCUGCCAUCUCCGAAAUCAAUUUGAAUUCCGGUUGUCCCAUUGACUUGUUACAUCGUCAAGGUGCUGGUUGUGCCAUGAUGGAAAACCCUGCCAAAUUGAUUCGUUGUUUAAAUGCAAUGAAUUAUACUUCAAACGAUAUUCCAAUCACUUUGAAAUUAAGAACAGGUGCCAAGGAUAACCAUCCAAUCGCCGAUACGUUAAUUACAAGAAUCGUACAAGAAACAGACGUUGCAGCAUUCACUUUACACGGUAGAUCUCGUCAACAACGUUACACAAGAGAUGCUGAUUGGAAUUACAUUUCUCAAACCGCAGCCGCAUUAAGAAUGGCAGAACAAACACGUUUGGAAAAUAAAGAUGAUCGUGAUUCUUCCCAGUCUCGUAUCCAAUUCGUCGGCAACGGUGAUAUCGAUAACUAUCAAGAUUGGCACAGGAUCCUGGAUUCAGAUUCCAACAUCGAUUCCUUGAUGGUCGCGAGAUCCGCGUUGAUCAAGCCAUGGAUCUUCGAAGAAAUCGACGCCCAACAACAUCUAGACAAGUCCAGCUCCGAAAGAUUGCAAAUCUUGCGCGAUUAUGCCGAUUUCGCCAUGCAGCAUUGGGGCACCGACGAAUACGGGAUCGCCACUUCAAGAAGAUAUUUCUGUGAAUUCAUGUCUUUUUUCCACAGAUAUGUCCCCGUCGGAGUAUUGGAAAGGGUCCCCAUUAGAAUGAAUCAAAGAGUCGAAAAAUGGAAGGGAAGAGACGAGUUGGAAACUUUGAUGGCUUCUGAAGAUUCAAGAGAUUGGAUCAAAUUGAGUGAGAUGUUUUGGGGGAAAGCUGAGGGGUUUGUUUUUGUGCCAAAACAUAAGAGUAGUAUGAGGGGGUGA